GGGAGCAGCGUGACGUACUUGGCCGACGCCGGGGACGGUCUGGCGCGCUUGCGUCGGCGAAUAUGCGUGCUUGCGUCGGCGUGCGUUGUGACGUUGCACGCCGCCCUCUGGAGUGUGUGGUAGCUGGGGCUGUGUGUGUGCGCGCCUGCCUGCUUGCCCGCUCCUCUUCCUCCUCCUCCUCCUCCUCCUCCUCUCCGGAGGGGCUGGUAUGGGCCGCGGUGACGGGGGAAUCUGAGGCAUCCUGCUAAAAGAAGUAAUCCCAAAGAACCCACCGAGAGUCAGAUCUUUGGAGCAACAAAGCUUCCCUUUCCAUGCCAUUCUGUUUGUCUGCUAACAGGAAAAUCUGCGUUUUGGUUUGUGCUCUUGUGCUGAGCUCCCAGACUUGAAGUUGAAACCAUGUGAGGGGUUUUUCCCCACCACCCCCGGUGCUUCCUUGACCCCAUUGUGGGUGAGUUGCUGCUGAGCCUGAGGUGCCAGCCACCAUGAUGUUCCGGGACCAGGUAGGCAUCCUCGCUGGCUGGUUCAAAGGCUGGAAUGAAUGUGAGCAGACAGUGGCCCUGCUGUCUCUUCUCAAGCGUAUCUCUCGCACUCAAGCCCGCUUUCUGCAGUUGUGCCUGGAGCACUCAUUGGCAGAUUGCACAGAGAUCCACGUUCUGGAGUCCGAGGCCAACAGCGCGGCUGUCAUCAAUCAGUGGCACCAAGAGCCGAAGGACAAAGUGGUAUCCCUGCUCCUGUCCCAUCUGCCCCUUCUCCAGCCUGGCAACGCCGAUGCCAAGUCAGAGUACAUGAAGCUCUUGCAGAAGGUGCUGGCUUACUCCAUUGAGAGCAACCUCUUUGUGGAGGAGAGCAGGCAGCUCCUCUCCUAUGCCCUCAUCCACCCUGCUACCACGCUGGAUGACCGCACCUCCCUGGCCCUUUGGCUCAACCACCUUGAAGAACGUCUCUCCAGUGGCUACUCCAGCCAGGGCAGGGGUCGACCCGACACGGCCUACCACUCACGGCAAGGCUCGGACGAGUGGCAAGGUCCGGUGGACACAGGCCUCGGGGACCUGGGGCACAGCUGGCAGGAGAAGCCGCCGCGGGAAAAUGGCCACAUGUCCUUCCACUCCUCCGGCUCUGUGCCGUCAGCCAUCAACAGUAUCGGGAGCAAUGCGAACACAGGUGUGGAAGCUCUCCCCUGCCAAAUCCACCCCAGCCCGCUGAAGCGCUCCAUGUCCCUCAUCCCCACCAGCCAGCAGGUCCCCAGCGAAUGGAUGAGUGUGGACGAGAUUGGUGCCCGGCCAGCCUUCAUCCCCAGUGGAGAACAUGCGCCCCUCUCACCCCAGAGCAGCGUGGCCUCCUCAGGUAGUGAGCAGACGGAGGAGCAGUCUGGUAGUCGAAACACCUUCCAGGAGGACGGCAGUGGCAUGAAAGAUGUUCCUUCGUGGCUGAAGAGCCUUCGCCUGCACAAAUAUGCAGCCCUCUUCUCCCAAAUGACCUAUGAAGAGAUGAUGACCCUCACAGAGCAGCAUCUGGAGUCGCAGAACGUCACCAAAGGAGCAAGGCACAAAAUUGCCUUGAGUAUCCAGAAGCUGCGAGAGAGACAGAGUGUUCUGAAGUCCCUGGAGAAGGACAUCUUGGAAGGUGGGAACUUGUGGAAUGCUCUCCAGGAACUGCAGCAGAUAAUCAUCACCCCCAUCAAAGCCUUCCACGCCCUGCAGGCCAUGGCAGCAUCCAAGGAGGGCCAGCAGCUACCAACAGAGCAGCGCGGACCUCCCAAGCUGGGUCUGGACAAAAGCAGCAACGCUGCCGAGGACAAGGGGCCGACCACUGAUACCUUCCUGCCCCCAACAGGCUCACCUUGCGAUGGGGAGUCAGGGGCAGCGCCUGUUGCUGAUGGGGAUAUCGCAGGACAGUUCACCCGGGUGAUGGGCAAAGUGUGUACACAAUUGCUGGUAUCCCGGCCGGAUGAGGAGAACAUCACCAGUUACCUUCAACUCAUAGAGAAGUGCCUGAUGCACGAGGCGUUCACAGAGACGCAGAAGAAGAGGCUCUUGUCUUGGAAGCAGCAGGUGCUGAAGUUGCUGCGGACAUUUCCAAGGAAGGCCAUGCUGGACAUGCAAGGCUACCGCCCACAGAAAGGAUGGGCCUUUGGUUCCAACUCUCUCCCCAUAGCUGGAUCUAUGGGGGUAGGGGUGGCACGCAGAGGACAGCGGCAGUUCCAGAUGCCCCCCCGGGCCAUCCCCCCCAGCCGCCUGGGGAUCCUGAGUCCUGCAGGGAUUGGCGGAGUCUCUCCUCGGCACACUCUCACCAGCCCAAUCCUUGGGAGCCAAGGAAGGCAGAACCUGUGGUUUGCCAACCCCGGGGGCAGCAACAGCAUGCCCAGCCAGAGCCGGAGCUCGGUCCAGCGGACCCAUUCGCUCCCCGUCCACACAUCCCCUCAGGCCAUCCUCAUGUUCCCGCAGGAUUGCCAGCUCCCUGGAACAGAUCUGGAGAUCAACCCCACUUUGGAGUCCCUGUGUCUCAGCAUGACAGAGCACGCGCUGGGCGAUGGCGCUGACAAGACUUCCACCAUUUAAAAGAAGCUGCAUCGGCCAAUAUUCCCGAGAAGCUUUAGGGUGGCUGUUUAUUUUUUUUUUCUGCCCCCCUUUUUUUGUUAUAACCCCCUUGUCUCCUAGGGGUGUGUUACUGCAGGGGUGGGUGAAUCACUUCCCCCCGCCUCACCCCCCCCAAACCACCCCCAGCAAUUCCCAGCAGCCAGAGGGACGGGGGCGAAAAAGCUGUCACUACAAUCUUACCGUCUUAUUGUGUUCUAAUAUUUUUCUACUUUUUAUUAUUAUUAUAACUUCAACUAUUGGUUUUAAUAUUUUGAUGUGCACGGGAGUGGGCAGAGGCUCCCAGAAGUUUAACUUGCAAAGGCAGAAGGAGGAGGAGGGUGGACUUGGGGCAUGUCGCUGCUGCUGCUGCUGUUCCCUUUCCUUCCUGGUUUUCAUCUUCUUCCCUCGCUCCCCCCAACCGCCUCUCCCUGUCCCUCCUCCUCCUCCUCUUCCUCCACGGAAGGAACAAAUGGCGAACGUCAGCCAAGGCCCUAAACAGUAGACUGGUCUCUCUCGCCUCAGUAGAUUUGGGAGGUUUGAGGUCUGCCUCAUCAGCACCAGGACAUGGGAGGGCAUUGUGGGGUUAAUGGGGCGAGCUGGUUCCGUCUGAGCUAACCCAGCUGACUGCUUUCCAUACCUCGUAUUGGAGGAGGAGGAGGAGGAGGAGAUUUGGGGGGUGAGGGAGGCGAUGGCGCUGCAGGUGACCUGACAAUUUUUUUUAAGUGCCUCUAAUACUUCCCCCUACCAAAAGCAGGUGGUGAGGAGUGGGAUGAAGGGGUGGCACAGCCCCCACAUGUGGGCAUCCAGCACGAAACUUGCAGGCAUGUUCCUAGAUUUUUAUACAUACACAUACAUACAUACAUACAUACAUACAUACAUACAUACAUACAUACAUACAUACAUACAUACAUACAUACAUACAUACAUACAUACAUACAUACAUACAUACAUACAUACAUACAUACAUACAUACAUACAUACAUACAUAUAUAUAUAUAUAUAUACACACACAUAUAUAUAUAUAUAUAUAAAUAAAUAAAUGAAGUGAUGUCCAUAUGCUACCUCUUAAGGCGGCCUUCCUCAUCCACGUGCCCUUGGCAUCAGAGUUGCCAUCUAAAGCCUGUCAAGGGCACUUGGUUGGAAAAGGUGGUCUCUGGGGAGCUGGACAGGAGGAGCCAAGGGGAGGCGUCUUGGCUGCCUCCCCACCACCACCACCCUUGGAAGGAGAAUGCUGUGGCCUGAGUGCUAGAUUCUUAACACCAUAGGUUGCUGCCUCCCGGGAAGAGGGUUGGUUGGGGUUGGGAUCUAGUUUUGUUGAAGUAGUUCAAAUGGGUUUGGGGGAUCAGUCAGCAGUUUGGGGUUCAGGGUCAAAAUUCUUUUCUCUGUUGCCGGUUUGGGUUCCUUGUAUUUAGAUGCAAGACUAUUUUCUCUUCUCCCCCCACCCCCGAUAAUGGCGAAGGGGGCGGAGGUCAGAGCAUAAGCAGUUCUGUGGUGGGUCUCAGUCAUUAAUCUUCUAUAGUUCUUCGGUGGUUUUGGGGUACACAGUUGUCUGUCUUCCUUGAGAUGGGUGUGUGGGGGGCAAAGAGUGAGCAGGCUGAUCACAGCAAAGCCCCCUUUCUCUGAUAGAUAGGGAGUCCCAAAGUGCUGUUUUCUAAUGCUUCCUAGCAACUAAAUUGAGGGGGUGGCAUUCCUAAGUGUGUGAGGUUUAUGGUGCUAAUUAAUUUGCAGGAGCCAGUUGGUAUCCAGGGCCAGAGAAAUCUAACUGAUGGAGCCUGGGUGGCCCUAGGAACAGAGACCACACCUCUAAUGGAGCGUGGGGUGGGAGAGACUCGUAGUCAUGAAGCCAAAUGGGGCUGGGAUACUUUCUUUGCUUUUCCUUCAGAGAAGGGGUGGGGUUUUCUGUGUGCAUCUACACAAAACACUACAGGUGGGCGGGUGGGGACCCUUGGAAUGCUCCGUUCGGGCAUCUCUUGCCCCAGCAGUCCUGGAACCAGCAUUUGGAAUUGCACUCUGCAUCUUGUGUAGCUAUUGCAGGAGGGAUGGGAUGAAGUUUCUGCCACGCCGCUGCCACCUUCUCCCACUUUUGACAAUUAGGCUGUCUCAAGAAAUGCACAAGGAGGGAUUGAGAUGCCGGCUGUUCUUUUAAAAAGGCCUAGGCAAUCCUUUUCUGCACCAGGAAUGGCACAAGUAGAGCAAAGUGCCAAGGCGCAUCCAUGCUGGUGUUGAGAGGAGGAGGUGGCAACCCUGGGGUACCAAAGCUUGUCAGGUUAGGGUUUUAGUGGGAAAAAUGGUGGAGAGAGGCUGGCUGUUUCUUGCACCUUGGAAUCCACUUAGUCUGUGUGUGUGAGUGCUCUUUCCCCCACUGCUCGUUCUGCAUGAUGGGGUAACCCUUCCCCUUCCCCAAGCUGACCUUGGCAGGCUCUUAGGUACAGAGAAACUUGGUCAUUCUCCUUUCUGUCUCCCCCCCCUUCUCUCCCACCCACCAAGAACUGUUUCAAAUGUAAAGGCCUUUUUCCAAAGUGUAUACUAAAUAGUAGCAGACACACAUACAAAAAAAAAAACCCAGAAAAGCAGAUCUGAGAGAACUAUUUCUAAAACAUAGAGAGACAAGGUUCCUGUUUCAGAUAGAAAUGUUAUUUUAGAUACAUUUUAUUAUGAAUAACUUUUGUUAUGACUAUGGCUGGUAACCAUGAAUACGUUAUUUAAAAAAAAAAAAACCACAAAAUGUUUUACAAAAAAAUUUCCAAAUUCUGACUUUAGAUUGCUUUGUUGGACUCCUUUGCUGCUUUUUCCCCCUUCCAGUUUUUGCUUUGUAAAAGGCAUACAGAAUUUAAGUAUUAGCCCUUUUUUAUUAACCUCUAUGAUAAAGCUGUGCUUAUUUUGUAUUAA